AUGUUCAAAAUGAAUGAUAUUGAUGGCGUCUUAGAAAUGUAUGAGAGAUUCACUAAUAUUAGUAGUGAUCUCGUGACUCUAGGGAAAACCUAUACCAAUGUUGACCUAGUUAGUAAGUUUCUAAAUACAUUGCAUGUCUUGGAGGCCUAA